GAGGGUGGAGCCUGUCACAAGUCGCAACACUCUCUGACCAACGCUUCAGAGGUGAUCCCGGGGGGCCUUUGCGUACCCAAACGGCAUCAUGGCGUACCAGCACAAGCUGGCCGAGAAGCUGACCGUCCUCAACGACCAGGGCCGAGGGGUGCUGCUGCGAUUGAACCACAUCAAGAAGACAUGCACAGAUCCUAAACUCAGGCCUUUCUUUCUGGCAGACAAGGUCAUGGAGCCUGCGAUAAAAUACAUCAACAAAAAAUUCCCCAACAUCGACUUCAGGGGAACCAGUCAACAGCUGAGCAGCAUUCAGAAGCAGAAGACGGCAGUGCUAGACGGGCUGAGCAGCUACUACGAGUCCUUCAUCAACAUCAUGGAGUUCAGGGACCAUGUGUAUGAAUUGCUGAAUACAAUAGAUGCAUGCCAGUGCUUCUUCAAUAUUGCAGUCAACUUUGACUUCACAAAGAACUACAUGGACCUGGUGGUGACCUACGCCUCAGUCAUUCUCAUGCUUUCUCGCAUUGAUGACAAGAAGGCCCUAGUGGGCAUGUAUAACUGUGCCCAUGAGAUGUCAAAUGGAACCAGCGAUCCUGCCUACCCUCGCCUUGGACAGAUGCUUGUGGAGUACGAUCACCCAAUGAAAAAGCUCACUGAGGAGUUUGGCCCUCAUACCAAGAUGGCCUGUGAGUAUCUGUCCUUAGAAGUGAUGGAGCGCUGGAUCAUCUUGGGUUUCCUGCUGUGCCACAGCAGUCUGAACACCAACCAGGCCUCCCAGGAGCUGUGGAAGAUGGGCCUCCGCAGCGGCCUGGUGCUCACCCUCGUCAGGGACGAGACCAUCAACAUCCACAAGUUCUCAGAGGACUUCCUAGACGGCCUGAAAGGAUACAGCAAGAGGGUGGCUGACAUCAAAGAGUGCCGGGAGAACGCCAUAGCCAACUGUGGAGCUAUACACCGAGAGAAAAGGCACUUUCUGAGGGGUGCGCUGAAGGAGCUCUGCAAAGUGCUGGAAGAUGAGCCCAGACUGCUGGGACCAAAGGCUCUGUUUGUAUUCAUGGCCCUGUCAUUCUCCCGUGACGAAGUCCUCUGGCUGGUUAGGCACAGUGAGAACGUCCCGAAAACCAAGACCCCCGAAGACUAUGUGGACUCGCAUAUGGCUGAGCUCCUGUUCCACAUGGAGAGACUGCAGACUCUCCUUCAACAGCAUAAGGCAAUCAUAGAUCGUUAUCAUCUCCUCUACUUGUCCCAGUUUGAUGCCUUGGUGAUCGCUGACACCAUUCAGAGUCUUUACGUCUGUCCAGAAGAAGAGUCUGUGCUGAUGUCAUCAUUUGUGUCUGCUUUGUCAGGGCUCAAUGUCAAGCAAGUGGAAAAUGGAGAGGAGUUUGAUUUCAGACCUCUCAGAAUGGACUGGCUGCGCUUACAGGCGUACACCAGUGUGGUCAAAGCCCCUCUGUCUCUGAAAGAAUCCCCGGACCUGGCCAAGAUCAUGAACAUGACGCAGUUCCACACCAGGGUGAUGGACAACAUAGAUGGUCUCCUGCAGGAGACGGCAGAGCUCUCCAUCCUCUGCUUCUACCCGCGGGUGUAUGAGAAGAUGUUCUUCCAGAGCAGUGAGGAUGUGACCAUGCAGAGGUACCUCAUGGCCUUCCCUCUACUUUGCUCUCACUUCAGCCAGACUGCUCACCCCAUGUGCCCAGAGGAGGAGGAGGCGAUCGAGAAAAGGAGCCUAAAACUGUGCGUAACCUUCCUGGAAGAGAUUGCCAAGCAGACCAGCACGGUCGUCCUGGAUAUCUGCGCCGAGCAGUGCAACCUCAACGACCAGCUUCUGCCAAAGCACUGUGCGGAGACUAUUAGCAAGGCCCGUAAUAAGAAGCUGAAGAAGCCCAUGCCCAAGAAGGGCGAGGUGCCCAAAGACAAGCCUGGCACAGAGAGCCACAGGAAGGACAGGGGCAUUGUGACCAAUAUGGACAAGAUGCAUCUGGCCUUGUCAGAGCUCUGCACAGCCUUCGCCUACUACACUGACUUCAUAGUCUUCAACCACAUGAUCGUUCCUGCUGAGUUCCUGAUAUCCCAGCUUGAGGUCAAACUUACCAAGAUCAUCGUGCAAAUGGCCAAUUACAACCAGGCCACCCAGGAGAUCUCGCGGCCCUCUGACCUGCUGGCGGCCGUGCGGGCCUACACCACCAGCUUGCAGACGCUGAGCCGCUACGUCAACGUGGACGUGACGCGCCUGGUGAAGAACGUCCUGCUGCAGCAGACCCAGCCGCUGGACUCGCGUGGAGCCCAGACCAUCACCACACUCUACACCAACUGGUACUUGGAAAGCCUUCUACGGCAAGCCAGCAGCGCUCUCAUCCUUCACUGCCCUACAAUGCAUUGCUUUGUCAACCAGCCCACAGAGGCUGAGCAAAGCUUCCGUGCUGAACAGUUCUCUGACAUCUGUGAAAUGCGAGCCCUGGCUGAACUCCUGGGGCCCUACGGGCUGAAGUUCCUCAGCGAAAACCUGAUGUGGCACAUCACCUCACAAGUUGCUGAACUCAAGAAACUUGUCAUGGAGAACAUGGAUAUCCUCGUACAGAUAAGAGGUAAAUUCGAAAAGCCAGAAGAGAUGUCCAGUCUUCAGAAGAGACUAACAGGAUGUGAAAAUGUCCUGAAACGGAUGACGAUCAUCGGGGUUAUUCUGUCUUUCAGAGCCAUGGCCCAGAACUCGCUGGGGGAUGUCAUGUACAGGCGUUGCCCAUUCCUCAUGGGGCCCAUCCAAUCUCUCAGGGACUGUGUGUACCCUGACACUGACAUCAAGGUCUCACUCAACGUGUACGAGCUGGCGUCUGCAGCUGGCUUGCCAUGUAAUAUUGACCCUAUUUUGGUUGCCGCUAUUGCUAGCAUGCGUACAGACAACUCAUCCAAGGAAGAAGAAUGCAAGCUGGCAAGUCUGCUACUGAUCUUCAUCGCAGUGUCACUGCCCAUCUUAGCCCUUGACGUCAACUCAUUCUACAGUCGAGAGCAAGGAGGGCAUCAAAACAACAUCCACUGCCUGGCUGUAGGCAUCAACCAUCUGUCUGCUGCCAUGUUUACUGCCCAAAAUGAAAACAUUCAGCAGCACCUGAAAGAAUUCCUCUUGGUGGCGUCUUCGGCUCUACUGCAGCUGGGCCAGAGUGUGGAGAAACCCGAGAUUAAAAACAGAGACUCCGUCUACCUUCUCUUGCACCUGAUAGUGCAGGAUUCUCCAUUCCUGUCUCAGGACAUGCUUGAGAACUGUUUCCCAUACGUUCUCCUGCGCAACGCCUACAGAGAGGUAUACAAGACCUUCAUUCAUACCCUUGGCUGAUCCACUCCACAACCCAAGUCACCAGCGCAGCAUGAAAACACCUGGUGUUUGGUUAUGACACAGACAGCACGGGG